AUGCCGGAAGUACCAAUAAUUCAGGAAAAAACACCAAGAAAGUUAUCAAAAGAAUUGCCAAAAAAUACUGGAAGUACCAAGAAUCCAGAAAAAAACACCAAAAGUCAUCAGAAGACCUUCCAAAUAAUGCUAGAAAUACAAAGAAUCCAGAACGAACCUCCAAAAAGUCAUCAGAAGAACCUUCAAAAGCUGCUAGAAAAAGAAACACUAAAAGUUAUCAGAAAAACCUCCAAAAAAAUGUUAAAAAAUGCCAGAAGUACCAAGAAUCCAGAAAAAACUACCAAAAAGCCAUUAGAAGAACCUUUAAAUUUACCAAAAAAUGCUGAAAAAAAAACACCAAAAAGUCAUCAGAAGAAUCUCCAAAAGUUAUCAAAAAAUGCUAGAAGUACUAUGAAUCCAGAAAAAAACACUAAAAGAUCAUCAGAAGAACCUCCAAAAGCUGCCAAAAGCUGCCAAAAAAAUGCUGGAAAAGGACCUCCAAAAAAUGCCAAAAAUACCAAAGUACCAAGAAUCCAGAAAAAAAAACCAAAAAGUCGUCAGAAGAACAUUCAAAAGUCACCAAAAAAUGCCGGAAGUAUUAUAAAUCCAGAAAGAAACACCACAAGGUCAUCAGAGGAACCUUCAAAAAAGCCACCAAAAAAUGCCAGAAUACUAAGAAUCCAAAGUCCGCAAAAAAACUUACAAAAGCUGCCAAAUAAUGCUGGAAGUAUCAAGAAUCCAGAAAGAACCUCCAAAAAGUUGUCAGAAGUACCCAAGAAUCUUCAAAAAUUAUCAGAAGAACACUCCAAAAGGAACUAG